UAUAAUCAAAAAUGGUAUUCCAAGAUUUUGACCUUUUAUCCGAACGUCGGAGGGCUGAGAGGCAGCGAAAAUUCAGAAAAAGGAUUGUCAUUGUCGUUGUUUCAACACUAGUCCUCCUCCUUCUGGUUGCUGCCGGUGUUUUCGCAGUUGUCUAUAACAAUAAACCUAACGCGGGCUCGGACAAGGCGGCACCACAAACUCAAAAACAACAAGCCCCCAAAGAAGUUUCCCAUGUUCAGAAGGUAAUUAAGGUGGUGUGCAAUGGGACUAGUUAUAAGGAAACAUGUCAUAGCACCCUUGAAAAGGCUGCAACCAAGAACCCAUCUCUGGCUCAACCUAAGGAGAUUCUCAAAUCCGUAAUCUUGGCUGCUGAUGAUGAGGUUGAGAAGGCGUUUAGCAAGGCCUCCGCGUUCAAAUUCGAUAAGCCUGAAGAGAAAGCAGCCUUUGAAGAUUGUAAGAAACUAAUUGAUGAUGCCAAGGAAGAACUCAAAAGCUCAUUUGCACAUGCUGAUGGUGAUAUAAAGAAGCUACACACGAAAGCACCCGAAUUGAAGAAUUGGCUUAGUGCAGUCAUGUCGUAUCAGCAGACUUGCAUCGAUGGGUUCCCUGAAGGGAAAAUGAAGUCUGAUUUGCAGAAGGCAUUCAAGGCUACUAAGGAACUCACUAGCAAUUCCCUUGCCAUGGUUUCAGAAUUUUCUUCGGUACUCACAUCGUUCCUUGAAGGAACAACGCGUCAUCUUUUGGAAGAUGAAUUAAGCACGCCAUCUAUUGGCAGUGAUGGUCUCCCGACGUGGAUGAGUCACGAUGAUCGUAGGGUAUUGAAAGGCGCAAACACUGAAAAGCCUACGCCAAAUGUGACCGUGGCGAAAGAUGGUAGUGGAAAUUUCACAACUAUUUCUGCAGCAUUGGCAGCUAUGCCAGCGAAAUACACAGGACGAUAUGUCAUCUAUGUUAAACAAGGAGUCUAUGAUGAAACUGUCACAGUGGACAAGAAGAAGGAAAAUGUUACCAUGUAUGGUGAUGGAUCGCAAAAGACAAUCGUCACUGGAAGCAAAAAUUUUGUAGAUGGGGUUAGGACAUUCCAAACUGCAACUUUUGUGGCUCUAGGAGAAGGGUUUUUGGCCAAAGCAAUGGGAUUUAGGAACACUGCUGGUCCAGAAAAGCACCAAGCAGUUGCUGUAAGAGUCCAAGCGGAUCGAUCGGUUUUCCUCAACUGUCGCUUUGAAGGCUACCAAGACACCUUAUACGCUCAAACUCAUCGACAAUUCUACAAAAGCUGUGUCAUUUCAGGCACAGUUGAUUUCAUUUUCGGGGACGCAGCUGCUAUCUUCCAGAACUGCCUGAUCAUUGUCAGGAAACCCUUGGACAACCAGCAAAACAUCGUUACAGCGCAAGGAAGGAUCGACAAGUUUGAAAGCACAGGAAUUGUGCUUCAGAACUGUAAAAUUCAAGCUGAUAAUGCACUUGUACCUGCCAAGACAACUAUCAAGAGUUACCUUGGAAGGCCUUGGAAGGAGUAUUCAAGAACAAUCAUAAUGGAAUCGACGAUCGAUGAUUUGAUUCAUCCUGAUGGAUUCUUGCCCUGGGAAGGCGAUUUUGCGCUAAAAACGCUCUAUUACGCUGAAUUUAACAACAAAGGACCUGGCGCGAAGACCACUGCCAGAGUCAAGUGGCCUGGUUACAAGGUCAUUAACAGGCAAGAAGCCUUGGAAUACACAGUAGGACCUUUCUUGCAAGGAGACUGGGUCAGCGCAACCGGCGCUCCGGUUAAACUUGGUCUGUUUACUUAAUUCCGUUGAAGAGAAGUGGAUUUACAAUGUUUGGAAGAUUUCACAUUUACAAUG